GGAUAUUUGUUUGAUCUGUGUCGGUAUGAACUCAAACAUUUUUGAUGAGCACACUGAUGGAAACAUUAUGAAUGAGGAGCUAUCAAACAUUUUGGAGCAAGUGUUAAUGUAUGCAACACCAUUUCCGGUUCCGUCGUCAAAAGAAAACAUGGCGACGAAUGUACCGGAAGUAAAUGUCAAUCCAGACUUGAUUCUUCAACAAAGAAAAAGUUUUGACUUAGAACAAUUAUGUGAGGACUCUAUGGAUUCUUUCACAGAGUUUGUGGAGAAAGAUUCGCCAUCAAAUAACUCAACGAGAACAAUCCAAAACACGAACAUUUCUAACCCUUCGAAUAUUUCCAGCGUGGAAUCAUCAGAAUACAUAGUUCUUAACGAUUUCCAUUGUAACCUAGGAAAUCCAUGUCAUCAGAUGGAAUUUCCUUUUCUAAAUAUAGAAUCUCAUUCUACUGAAAGCAUUGACGCAUUUGAAACUUCCGAUCGCGAACUACCUAACAUAGACAUACACGUGGUUGGUAGUUCAGCGGAUUCAAAUAUAGAAAUCCUAGAACCAGAUGCUUCAGUAACGGAAAUACAUCCUGAUUCCACUUCUGGUGCAAUAAAUGAUCUUAAUGACAUUGCCGAUGCAUGUUUACGUUUUGAAAACGAGGCUAAACUGAAUGCCGACAGUACAACUACAGUGUUUGUCGAAACUGACGGUGUUAGGCCAAAAGUAAAGCGACGCAGACGUCGGGAGAAAAAUCCUGACCCGCCCCAACCUACCGUACUUCCCCCCUGUGAUAUAUGCAAUGAUAAAUCAUCUGGAUACCACUACGGUGCCAACACUUGCGAGGCUUGUAAAGGAUUUUAUCGGAGAACUUUAAAGAAGAAGGAAGUGGAUUACAAAUGCAAGUGCACGCCGGAUGAGAAAGAGUCGUGGAAACGAGGCCCUUUUAAAAAUGGCUGUCCGGCAUGUAGAUAUGAAAAAUGUUUAGCAGUAGGCAUGUCCAAAAAUGCAAUCAAAAUCGGGAGAUACACCUUGAAUCACAAGACUCGAAACAUAAAGAAGAUAAAAUCUAUUGAAAGCAUUGACUCUCUUAUCACGUCCAUGACAGAAAUUGACUCGGAUACUUCUCCAAAAUCGAUUCCAUGUUCAGAUGAUGCCAGCGCAAGUUCGUCUGCAAUGACAGGUGUGUCUGAACAUUCCAAUGAAUCAUUAUCCACAUCUGACGACAAUUCCCGCCAAAAUUCAACAUCAAAACAUUCGUCCUUGACAGAAAUUAAAGAACCUGCAUUAACCUUAAAGGAGAUAGAUUUUAUAGUAAAGACAUUAACAGAGGCUCAUACCACGUUGAUAGUUGAUGACAGGUUGAAAAUGUCUUCCGAGACAAUCAAGAGGAACCAGGACGAAUACUUGGAGAAAUAUCGACUAAAGGGAGAGGUCUUUGGAUUUUUGCGAAAUAUCACACAUGAAGAAUUCAAGGACUUUUAUAACGCAACGGGAAUAGAUAUUGAUGGUCGUCUCGAGCGGAUUUAUACAGCUUUUAAAUUCUUUGAAGAAAAGAUAGCCACGAUAGUUGCGUUUGCUAAAGAAAUACCCGGAUUUAAACAGUUGAGCUUAGAUGACCAAGCAAACCU